CAGGAUUUCCUCCUCCCAGGUCGUCGAAACAACAAACCGAACUACGGAGCAAGCGGGGUGAGAGAACGUCCGAAACCGCCUCUGACCGCGACUUUUAAACUCUUUUUACAGAAUUGUGGCGGAAUUCAGACGGAGGCUGUAUACGAGUAGUAAAAGUUACGAUUGUACCGGGACUACAUUUCACAACAAGGUCACAUGCAACGUCUCCUGCCUUGUAUUUUGUGAGGAUUAUAAGCCAGUCGUAAGUUAAAGUUAUCCAGAAGAUGUUGCAACAAUGAUAGCACCAGAAAUACCAUCAGAGUUCGCCUAUACUCAGGAUACAGACACUCGAUUCUCCUCAGACACAGACUUCUCUGAGGAUCCUGAUGGAAGGAGUGCAAAUUCAGCUAAAGGAAAGGGUGGAAAGAAGGGGAAGAAGGCAGCAGGGGAGAAAGGAAAAGGAGGGAAGGGAGCAGGCCGUAUAAAUGGCCACCACCAAGAGAAUGGCAUGGAAAACAUGAUGCUGUUUGAGGUUGUGAAGCUGGGAAGGAGUGCAAUGCAGUCUGUUGUUGAUGACUGGAUUGAAUCUUACAAACAUGACAGAGAUGUUGCACUGUUGGAUCUCAUCAAUUUCUUCAUCCAGUGCUCAGGAUGCAAAGGUGUGGUUACUGGAGAAAUGUUUCGCAACAUGCAGAACUCUGAGAUCAUCCGACGGAUGACAGAGGAAUUUGAUGAGGACAGCGGUGACUACCCUCUAACCAUAGCCGGGCCCCAGUGGAAGAAGUUCAAAACAAGUUUUUGUGAAUUCAUUUCGGUGCUAGUGCGCCAGUGUCAAUACAGUAUCAUCUAUGAUGAGUAUAUGAUGGACACAGUCAUCUCCCUUCUCACCGGACUAUCGGAUUCCCAAGUCCGAGCCUUCAGACACACCUCAACACUGGCAGCCAUGAAGCUGAUGACAGCCCUGGUGAAUGUAGCUCUAAACUUGAGCAUCAACAUGGACAACACCCAGCGCCAGUAUGAGGCAGAGAGAAAUAAAAUGGUCGCUAAAAGGGCAAAUGACAGGCUGGAGCUGCUGUUGCAAAAACGUAAAGAGCUCCAGGAAAAUCAGGACGAGAUUGAAAACAUGAUGAAUGCAAUAUUCAAAGGAGUGUUUGUUCACAGAUAUCGGGAUUCAAUAGCAGAAAUCAGGGCGAUCUGUAUAGAAGAGAUUGGAGUGUGGAUGAAACUCUAUAGUGAUGCCUUCCUCAACGACAGCUAUCUGAAGUAUGUGGGAUGGACGAUGCACGAUAAGCAAGGUGAAGUACGUCUAAAGUGUCUCACAGCACUGCAGGGCCUCUAUUACAACAGAGAACUCAAUGCCAGACUGGAGCUCUUCACCAGUCGCUUUAAGGACCGCAUCGUCUCUAUGACUCUUGACAAAGAAUACGAUGUAGCAGUACAAGCUAUUAAGCUACUUACUCUUGUCUUGAAUAGUACAGAUGAGGUGUUGACUCCUGAGGACUGUGAAAGUGUCUAUCACUUGGUGUACUCGGCACACAGGCCGGUCGCAGUUGCAGCUGGAGAAUUCCUUUUUAAGAAAUUGUUCAGCCACCGAGAACCGGAAGAUGAAGGUGCCCCCAAAAGGAGAGGCAGACAAAGCCCCAAUGCCAACCUCAUUAAGACCACUGUCUUUUUCUUCCUGGAGAGUGAGCUCCACGAGCAUGCGGCUUACCUAGUGGACUCACUCUGGGAAUGUGGUGCAGAGCUACUGAAAGACUGGGAGUGUAUGAUCAGCUUACUGCUAGAUGACCCGUUGCCAGGAGAGGAAGCUCUUACAGACAGACAAGAGACGGCUUUGAUUGAAAUCAUGCUGUGCACUGUACGCCAGGCUGCUGAGUGCCACCCACCUGUUGGAAGAGGAACAGGGAAGAGGGUGAUGACGGCUAAAGAGAAGAAGACUCAGCUGGAUGACAGAACCAAAAUAACAGAGCUGUUUGCUGUGGCUUUGCCCCCUCUACUGGCAAAGUAUGCCGUGGAUGCAGAGAAGGUGACUAACUUGUUGCAGCUUCCGCAAUUCUUUGACCUGGAAAUUUAUACCACAGGGCGUCUGGAGAAGCACCUGGAAUCCCUGCUACGUCAGAUCAAAGAAAUUGUCGAGAAGCACACAGACACUGAGGUUUUAGAGUCCUGCUCUAAGACUUACCACGCCCUCUGCAAUGAGGAAUUCACAAUCUUUAACAGGGUGGACAUAGCCCGUUCCCAGCUGCUGGAUGAGCUGGUGGACAAAUUUAACAGGCUAUUGGAGGACUUUUUACAAGAGGGUGAAGAUGCUGAUGAAGAUGAUGCUUAUCAGGUUUUGUCAACUCUAAAGAGGAUCACAGCUUUUCACAAUGCACAUGACCUCUCGGGAUGGGACCUUUUUACCAGCAACUUCAAGCUGCUCAAUACUGGCAUAGAGAACGGGGACAUGCCUGAGCAGAUAGUCAUCCAUUCACUGCAAUGUACCCACUACGUGAUACUGUGGCACCUCGCCAAGUUAUCUGAGGGCAGCUCCAGAAAGGAUGAUCUGGUGACCCUGAGGAAGCAGAUGAGGGCAUUCUGUAUGAUGUGUCAGCGCUACCUCACCAACGUUAACACAGCUGUCAAAGAGCAGGCGUUCACCAUCCUGUGUGAUCUCCUGCUCAUCUUUAGCCACCAGAUGGUGUCCGGAGGCAGAGAACACCUGGAGCCCCUGGUCUAUUCUCCAGAGGACUCACUGCAGUCUGAACUGCUCUCGUUCAUCAUGAACCAUGUCUUCAUAGACCAGGAUGAUGACACAAAUAGCACAGAUGGGCAACAAGACGACGAGGCAGUAAAGAUCGAAGCUCUGCACAAGAGAAGAAACCUCCUGGCUGCCUAUUGUAAACUCAUUAUCUACUGUGUGGUAGAAAUGAGGACUGGAGCUGAUAUCUUUAAACAGUACAUGAGGUAUUACAAUGAUUACGGUGAUAUCAUCAAGGAGACUAUGAGUAAGACUCGGCAAAUUGACAAGAUUCAGUGUGCCAAGACGCUCAUCCUCAGUUUGCAGCAGUUAUUUAUUGAAAUGGUGACUGAACUGGGUCAUGGCUUUGAUCGCUCCUCCUCGGCAUUCUGUGGAAUCAAGGAGUUGGCACGUCGUUUUUCUCUAACUUUCGGUCUCGAUCAAGUCAAAACCAGAGAUGCCAUUGCCAUGCUGCACAAGGAUGGUAUCGAGUUUGCAUUUAAGGAGCCUAGUCCCCAAGGAGAAGGAGGCCCCCCACGCAACCUGGCUUUCUUGGACAUCCUCAGCGAGUUCUCCUCCAAGCUUAUGAGACAAGACAAGAGGACUGUCCACAUGUACCUGGAGCGAUUCAUGACGUUCCAGAUGGCGCUGCAGCGAGAGGACUGCUGGCUUCCUCUCAUCUCCUACAGGAAUUCCCUACAGGCUGGGGGUGAUGAUGAUACCAUGUCUGUGAUGAGUGGCUACUCCAGCAGAGGCUCUUCCGUUCGCUCCAAGAAGACUAAGCCUCCUGUUGUUACAGCUGGAACUUCAGCAGCCAAGAGGAAGUUGCCAGAAGAGGAGAGCAGCAGCAGCAGUGAAGUCUGGCAGCAGAGCAUGCAGACUCCAGUCAUGAUGCCAUCUCCCCAUCUCACCUCCACUGCCAUGCGGGACCCUAAGAGGGCGCGUGAUGACAGCUUCAUGGGGGUCUACCCCCUCCCUCACGACCAGCAGCAGCCCCACCAACACCCGCAGCACCAUCAACAGACGCCCCAGCACCACCAGGCGCCCAUGGAUUACAAUUCCCAGGUGACGUGGAUGCUGGCUCAAAGACAGCAAGAGGAGGCACGCCAGCAAGAAAGAGCCAUGAAUUAUGCCAAGCUCAGGACCAAUCUGCAGCAUGCUAUCAGUCGUCGCGGCACUGGGCUCAUGGAAGAAGACGAAGAGCCGAUUGUGGAGGAUGUGAUGAUGUCAUCAGAAGGCCGUAUGGAUGACCUCAAUGAAGGCAUGGACUUUGACACCAUGGACAUUGAUCUGCCACCCUCCAAGAACCGCCGUGAGAGGUCUGAGCUCAAGCCCGAUUACUUUGACCCUUCUAUCAUGGAUGAAUCGAUGCUUGGGGUGUCCAUGUUUUAAGCUAAUAUCCAGAUGAUUUUGACGCUGGGAUGAGAGAAGAGGCGCUUUGUAUUUAAAGAGAAUUUUAGAAGCGAAAACAGAAGUGUUUUCUGUAAGAAAAGGCAAAAAUGAAAAAAAAAAAAAAAAAAAAAGGAAAGAAAAAAUCUGGCUUGUACUUUACGUGGACCAAUGACAACCCACACUCAGUGUUGCUUGCUCAGAGAGGACUUUGUUUCAAAUAUUUACUUUUAUAAUCUUGGGUAAGCUCUUCCUGUUCAGAAAUAGCGUAACAGGCCACUUCCAAACCUAUUAGAGAUGAGACAUGUCUGAAGAAAAAUCAGUAAUAGCUUUUUGUUUUCCUUUUUUUUUCUCUUUCUUUUUUUUAAUGGGGAUGAAAUGGUGUGUUUAACUUAAGAAACAUUUUUGUUUAUGUCUAACCCUUUUUACAAUUGUAGUAAGUUACCAGGUGUGAAGUAGUAAUUUAUAAACGGACUGUAGUAGCUUGCUUGUACUGUGUUAGCCAAGUGGAUGGAGGUCUUUAUGUUUCUGUGCUUUUUUUUUUUUUUUUUUCCUUCUUUUUUUCCCCCUUCCUCCCUUUUAUCUGUUUCUUCUUCCUGUUGUUGGCCCUGAGUUGAGGUCCUAAUAACCACUGGUGGUUAAGAUGGUGAGAUGUCAUGUAGAAACAGUUAAGAUCCCUUUAUGCUGUGAAGAUUCCUAUAGAGUCCACUGAACGCUCCACGCUGUAAGUCCCAGAGCUUACCCCAGGAUUUGAAUCACUCCUUAACCACCAUCUUACCAGAUACAUAUGUACACCUUUCCCCCUCAAAAUGAGCUUUUUUUUCUUCUUCUUUUUUUUUUUUUUUUAAAUCCCAGUAGUACCACUGUGUGGGCUCUGGGGGAUAACGGCUCGGUCAAAGAAAAUCACCUUUUUUCUCUUUAAAAUCCAGCAGCAUAAUGUUGAAAUGGGUAUCUCUACAUUUUAAAUAAAAGUUAUAUAUGAAUCGGUGCUGAUUUUAUAUAUGUGCUUUUGGUUUAUUAUUUUCUUAUUUUCAACUUUUCAACCUUCAGUCACAAAGUGAGAAAUGUGUAAGUAAAACUUAAAAAAAAAAGAAAGCAUGUAAAGCCAUGCAUCAAGGAAGAUUUUUAAAUUUGUAUUUUUAUGUUUUGUUCUUUUAUUUUUUUUUCUCUUUGUCUUGAUAAUGUCUUCGGGUUUCUACCUUUUUUCCUACAUGUAAAUUAGUUUGGAUAAAACUAAUGAAAAGACUUGUGAAAUUCAGCUUUAAGGUUUUCUCAACAUUAAAAAAAGAGUCCGGUCACAAAAUACUUCUAGAUUUCAAAUGUUAAAACUGUAAGGUAGUCAUUCAGCCAAUACUGAAGAUGAAAGUUAUUCAGCAGCGCUGUGGCAGCUAGACAAAGCUUAGAUUUUGACAUGUAUUUGUCACACACAAGUUUUAAUGAAAUGUUUUGUCUACUGAGGUUUUUAUUUUGUAGUCAUUCCAUGCUUAAGCCUUAAACAUGCUUGUGGAGGUCACAUUUUCUCACAGUAAUCUUCCAUGUCAGAGGAUCAGUCAUGUUUAAAGGUGGAUAAUUGGCUUCUUAGAACAUGAAAUAUGAGGUGGUCAGAUGUAAUGUGAUAAAGUAGAUAAACAGCCUAUAUGUGUUUUGCCUAAUUAUUUUAUGUAAGUAAAAAAGAAAAAUUCUUUUAAGGAAAAAAGUACUGUUUAUUGUUUGUUACUUACCACUACAUCGGUAUAAAUUCUUAUUAGAUCAUGUGUAUAUAUACAAAAUUUUAUUUCUUUCCUUCAUUUUGGCCAUGUCUGUGUUUUAUUUUGUCAGCACUCUUGCCUACACUCUGAGUUGUCUAUUAUCCCAUCCUCUUUCAGUCACUCUGUUUUCUGAUUUGUACUUGUCUGGAGACAGUAACUUUUGAAUAAAAAUCAACACAUUUCA